UUCAAUCUUCGACAUCGUUCCAUCCAUCCUACAGCACCAGGCAGCUUCGCACCAGGACCACGGAUAUACAAUCUCCAAGGAGCACGUACUAAGAUAAAAACCAAGACAUACGUGAUGGAAGCCAGGCUCCAAAAGCUCAAGGUUACAGACCUCAAAGAAUUACUUGCCAAAUAUCACUUACCCCAGACCGGGAAGAAGGAUGAUUUGGUCAAGAGGCUUCUUGAGAACAACAUCUCCUAUGAAGAACCUCAGGAAGAACUGAUCGACCCUGAUGCGCCUAUAAGCGGCACAAACGUUCCUAAAACAAUACCACAGGUCACCACCGCUCCAGCGGCCCCUGAUACUUCACUCAUUGACCCUCCUCGCACUUCUGAUGCUAGCGCAUCAGAGUUGCCUGCUGCUGAAACAAACGAUAUUCUUGCCCCUGCUCCCUCUACGGAGCCUGAAGUGGAGCUCACCCCUGAUCAAAAAGCUAUGAAGGCACGAGCUGAACGCUUCGGUAUCCCUUUCAAUUUGCCCAAACCCUCCGCUACCAAGCCUGCAAAGACCGAAAAGGCCGAAUCAAAACCAGCUGAAACGAGAGAAAAAGCUGCGUCCAUUAAUAAGGACUCUCUUGGGCUGAGUGAUGAUAUUCUUGCCAAGAGGGCGGCCAAAUUUGGAUUGCCUGAAAAGAAGGAAGCCGGAAAGCCUGCAUCUAAACCGGAGAAAAAAGCCGAGGAGGUUGACCCUGAAUUGGCCGCCAAGCUUGCCGCUGAAGAGGAGAAGAAGAGGAAGCGUGCUGAGAAGUUCGGGUCAAACAAACCGCCAGUGGUGGAGGAAACAGAGGGUCAAAAUGCGGCCUCUGAGCCUGACACCAAAAAAGUAAAAGUAUAGGUGAGUCCCUGCUGACUUUUUCUUGGACGCGGUGUGGUAGGCUAUAGUGCCUCGGGAUUGUGGUGCAGGGAAAUUGAUUAUAAGGAAAUGGCAAUAUAUGUAGCUGUAUGCAUGACACAUAUUUUUCUGAG